GAGGGGUCCAGCUCUAUCCCUCGCAGUUGAUGGGGGCAGACAGUGGGUCAGGGGCAGCCCCAGGCCCAGCGGUGCCCUGGAGGAAAGUUCUAUGGGAACGUCAGCCCUUUCCUGAUAACUAUGUGGACCGCCGCUUCCUGGAGGAGCUCAGGAGGAACGAGGGCCUCCGCCAAUAUCGCUACUGGGCCGUGGUGCGGGAGGCAGGACUGGUGUCUCAGCAGAUCACCUGUGUGGCUCUGUUCCUCACUCUAUGGUUGUACAUGGAGCAGGGCCUGCUCUCCCCUUCCACGCUGCUGUGGAGCGGCCUGCUCUGUGCCCUGCUGGGCUAUGGACUCUACCAAGGACUGGCUCCGCGGGGAGAUUCAGACAACCACCAUCGUACACGUUGGUCUGACCUGCAGAGUGCCUCCAUCUUCCUCUCCUUCACCUUUGGGUUCUCUCCUGUCCUUGGGACGUUAACAGAGUCAGUCAGUACAGACACGGUGUACGCCAUGACAGCCCUGAUGCUGCUGGCCCACCUGGUGGCCUUCCCCUACGCCUAACCUUCUCCCCCUGGGAGCCUCUCUCUCAACGCUGCCCUGUUCGCCUCUGUCUGCCUGGCCUCGCGCCUCCCCGGGGACCUGCACACCUCCGGUGGCCUGGACUCUUCCUCCUCUCCAUCCUCCCUUCAUACCUUCACCAUGCUCUGCUGGGCCCUGUUAGUGUUUGCCCUAUGGCCUUGCCUGCUGCAGCGGCUGAGAGACCGUGCCCCGCGGGGGUUUGGGGGUGUGUGUGUGCUGGUGGGUGUGUGUGGGGUGGGGGGGCUUGGCUCUCUGUGGCCUGGGGGGGCUGUGCUGUUGGCUGCAGUGUUGGGGACUGUGACCCUGCUGUGUCCUCUACUGUUGAUCCGACUGCAGAGUGACAAAGAUAACAUCCAGGGACCCUGGGAUGAAGCCGAGAUACGAGAGGACCUAACACGCUUUCUCCAUUGAUGGGUAAAGGAGGACGGUAAGGGAAUGUCCUCCUCAACUACCAGACUGGUAGGAUGAGUGGCAUCCUGAAAACACUUUAUAGAAAGCUGUUGCUCCUAUUUUAACAGAAGAGGAUUUCUCAGCUGGGAACUGAAGCUCUUUGCUGCCUACUGAAGACGCUUUGCUCAGAUUCCACCACUAGGAAAGGACCUUUUUUUUAAAACAAUUUAUACAACUUCUAAACAUGUGUGUCUAGUAACCAAGGGCUCUGAGGCAUGGUAGAUUGCGACCAUGUUGAAUGAAAUAGGAAAUAUUCAACCUGUACUACCUGUAAGUCGCUCUGGAUAAGAGCGUCUGCUAAAUGACUAAAAUGUAA